GCAAAGCAUAUUCACAGGAGAUAGAAUUAAGAAUAUUGAUUCCCUGCACCAAUGCAAGCUUUCAUCUAAAGACCAUCAAAAUGCACAUAAUGUACUGAAAAAAAGAGCAUGUAGUAGGAUGUGCUCGAUAGGGACUUGGAACGCAAGCAGAAGUCUUUAUCGACCACAGUUAUCCUGAAAGCUAAAAGAACAACAUUGAACAAGAGUUUAGUGUUGUAAUCUAGUCUUUCAAUUGGAAGAAACUUGAGGAAGGGUGGCCUACUAGACUGUGACUCGGCCCGGUGUCGACGCAAGAGAGGAGGAGAGGGUCGCGCCUCUCCAGUCGCGAACAGGGAGUGACAGCGGCACUAGAUUAGAACACUAAACUCUUGUUCAAUGUUGUUCUUUUAGCUUUCAGGAUAACUAUGGUCGAUAAAGACUUCUGCUUGCAUUCCAGGUAUCACCCACGAUGUCCGCCAGAACUGCUCACAUCCAGCUUGUUCGUUUCCAUCCUGAGGUGUAUGAGCCAUGUGAUGACUCGUUUGCUUUGGUUGAUGCACUCUUAGCAGACAGGAAACAUCUGAUAGAGCAACGGCCAAGACUAUGCAUGGAGGUGGGCUGUGGUAGUGGCUAUGUAAUCUCUUCUCUGGCCAUCAUGCUCAGUGAACUUGGCAAUGGAGUUAAUUACUUCGCUACAGACAUUAACCAAGAUGCAGCUGAAGCAACCCGGGCAACGCUGGAAGCUCAUGGAUUGCAUGCUGAAAUUGUUGUUACUGAUAUUGCUUCUGGUCUUCAAAAAAACCUUGCCGGCAUGGUUGAUGUGGUUGUUGUAAAUCCUCCCUAUGUGCCAACUUCUGAAGAAGAGAUUGGUUGCAAGGGGAUCACUGCUUCAUGGGCUGGAGGAUAUAGCGGUCGCAGUGUCAUCGACAGGAUCCUUCCUGUUGCUGACGAACUUUUAUCUCAGAAAGGUUGGUUAUAUAUGGUCACCCUAACCGCAAAUAACCCAUCACAGAUAUGCCGCUUGAUGAAACAAAAGGGGUAUGCAUCACGUAUUAUUGUGCAGAGGUCCACUGAAGAAGAAAGCCUUCACGUCAUCAAAUUUUGGCGGGAUGUUGCUCCUGAUCGAAGCAAAGGUUCUGAUUCUUGGUUCUCCCAAUUUCCUCUUAAAUCUUUCUGGCAAAAUAGUGAAAGUAAUGACUGAGUUUGCUUUGAGGGAAAAACACUCCUGACAGAAUCGUUAACUCAGAACAGUCUAGUUCAGCUCACUGAUAGAGCCCUCCGAAUAGAUUUGAAGGUCAUAUACCUGUUAUCAAGUUAGUAGCCUUUUGCAAGAAUUUCAGGCAAAUUGUCUAUGAAUUGUCAACUUAAACACUACUAUAUUUGAACAUGACCUGUCAUUAAUCACCUGCUUAUCGUUUUUGCUGA